UCUUCGUUGUCAAGGAGACAGUACAACAUGGCGAUCCGCCGUGUCGGCAGAUGUAAUAUUUCGGCUCUGUUCGCUUUGGAAAUACAAUGAGGUUUUCAGCUUCGCUUGUUAUGGACCUGCUCGAAUUGCCAUCGAGGACCAGUCUCGAAAAAUGGAGAAGUACAGAAUAAUUGGUAAAAUUGGUGAGGGGACAUUUUCUGAGGUGGUGAAAACACAGAGCCUCAAAAAUGGAAGUUUCUAUGCCUGCAAGAAGAUGAAACAGCGAGUAGAGAGCAUGGAAAAGGUGAACAACCUCCGUGAAAUCCAAGCCAUGAGAAGGCUCAGCCCGCAUCCGAACAUCCUCCAGCUCCAUGAAGUACUUUACGAUCAAAAGACAGGUCUGCUUUCUCUGAUCUGUGAGCUGAUGGAGAUGAACAUCUAUGAAUUAAUCCGAGGCAGGAAACAUCCUCUACCAGAAAAUAAAGUGAAAAAUUACAUGUACCAGCUUUGCAAAUCCUUGGAUCACAUGCACAGGAAUGGGAUCUUUCACCGAGAUGUGAAACCAGAAAACAUCUUAAUUAAGCAAGACACAUUGAAGCUGGCGGACUUUGGCUCAUGUAGAAGCGUCUACUCGAAGCAGCCUUACACUGAAUACAUCUCGACCCGCUGGUACCGGGCUCCUGAGUGCCUUCUCACCGAUGGGUAUUACACAUACAAAAUGGACAUUUGGAGCGCAGGAUGUGUAUUCUUUGAAAUAAUCAGUCUCCAUCCCCUUUUUCCUGGCGCUAAUGAACUGGAUCAGAUCUCCAAAAUCCACGACGUACUUGGCACACCAACGCCUGACAUUCUCAAGAAGUUUAAACAGUCUAGAGCUAUGUCCUUUGACUUUCCACACAAAAAAGGGUCUGGUAUCUCCCGGAUGAUUCCACAGAGCUCCCCAGAAAGCCUCUCGCUGAUGUAUGAGAUGCUGGAGUAUGAACCAGACAGCAGGAUCAGCACAAAAGCGGCACUGCAACAUCCCUACUUUAAAGAGCUUCGAGUGGCUGAGAAGCAGGCGGCCAAUAUGCGAAGAGCAAUAGGGAGUGUGGAAAGAGGAGGAAACAGCGACACCCCAAAUUCCUUAGAUAACCUGUGGCGCAUUGCAAGGCAGGGGCGACGGCAGCUUCACAUUAAACAUGUGCAGGAGCCUAUGGUCAGGAGACAUGGCCCUCCAUAUCCAGUAGAGUUGCCUAAACUAAACAUAACAAUUCCUGCUUCAAAGUUAUCCUCUUACCCACUCUCUUCACUUCCUUCUAUCAUGAAACAUGAACAUCUUCCACUGCUUCAUCCAAUAAGUUACCAUGGAAAAAACAAGUCUAAUAAUAUGCAGCAACUCAAGCCUCCUUUACAAAGCUACCACAUCCCACCUCUGCACAAGAAAGACCAAGGAUUUUGAAUCAGUGACUUCAUGGCAAAGAUUCUCUGUGGAAACAAAGAAAAGACACAAGCACUGGAUAAAGAAAUAGACUCUUAACUGUCAAGAAGAAAAGCUCUGCUACUGACUGGUGGGAUUAAACCCUCCGAGCAGACCCCUCAAAAAGAUGGACAGCAGAAGAGACGUGAAAUGUGUUCAAUAUUUGCACUUGCAGCAAUAGCUGGGGCGAUGGUGGCAUCAGCUCUCUCACUGUCACCACGAGUAUCUGACAGGUGUUGGAUUAUAAGACUAAUGAGCUGUGUUAUCAUUUAAGAUGAGAAUAAAUGUUGCACUCUUUUCAUAUUAAACAACUAUA